GUGAUCAAUCUGCGCCACAGUCUCGUUUCGCCUCUCUCUCUCUCCUGAUUGAGAUUUGAGAAAGGUCCAAAGGUCAACGAGUUUCUUUUUUGCUUGAGUUUUUCUUAUAUUCUUGAGACAAAGCCAACCCAAGACAUCAGAGACGUCAUUGGAGAUUUGGAUCUCUGGCUUCUCGAGCUAGCUUCCUUUCAACUCCAGAUCACUCUCUCUCUCUGGAAUCUUGGACAGAGAUUGAUCUAUGUAAGUGAAUUUAGAUAAAUAUUCAGUGGCAUUAAAUUGAGGUGUUACUAGAGACCACAUGAAAGAAUGGGGGAAACAAAGGAGUCCUACAAGUAUAUGGUUUUCUUCAUGUAAAUAAUGGGAAGACUGAUAAAAGCAUCUAAGCAAUGGAAUCUUGGAGCUGCUACAGUUUUACCCUACUCGUGGGUUCAUAUGUCAAGGAGAAGACCACCGUUCUCGUGGCAGGCUCAAUUUCUCUCUGUCUCCAAGUGCCCUAAGCUCUGUCUUUUUAUCUAGUGUGGGCUCAAAUCUCUCUGUUGAAGGAAGAACAGUUCCGAUCACCACUGAGUGAGCACUCAUUUUGGUCUUUCCAUCCAGAAAUGACGAGAGUGUAUGAAGACCUCCCUGAGCCUUCAGGGGAGCUAAGUGUUAGUUUUGGUUAUCAGUGCAGCACUGUAAAUCAAGAUGUCUCUUUCUCAAUAACUAAUGAUAUUGAGUUCUCUGCAGAGAUUCAGAAUCAAAACUCCAAAAUGAGGAUAAGGAGCAGUUCCUUUUCUUGUUUGUCUGGUGCUGCUCUUAGUGCUAAUGCUACCUUGGCAAACACAAAUUUAUGUAAUGGUCUCAUAGGGGAGGAAAUCCUGCCUGGUUUGGAUUCUCCAAAUUCAUUCAGACGGAUGGAAUCUUCACCAACUCUUGCACGGUUAGACCUUGUAUCACUGUCAUCUCAGAGUAGUAUGUCUUCCUGUGGUGGAGGUGUCUCUAUGGAGAAUGAUCUUGAAAUUGGAGAAAAUUUGUGGAAAACUAUGAGUGCUCCUACAAGGAUAGAAUCCUCCAGUUUUCUAAAUGCUUUGGAUGUGCAAAUGGCUGGAGGUGCUGCAGGGGAAGACAGAGUGCAAGCUGUUUGUUCUGAAGAAAAUGGAUGGCUGUUUUGUGGGGUAUACGAUGGAUUCAAUGGGCGGGAUGCAGCUGACUUUUUAGCUGGAACUCUUUAUGAAAAUAUAGGGUUUUAUCUGCAUUUACUGGAAUGGCGUACAAGGAGUCAAUGCAAUUCAUUGAAAGGUUGUUCAGGAGAGGAUGGUGAAUUUUCUCAGGCUAAAAAAUGUCAACUUUCUGAAUCUGAGAAGAAAGAAUCCAUCCUUCUACAUUCUUCUGAUGGGGAUCUCCCAAGUGAUUCAUUCCGUCUUGGUGUUCUAGAUUGCCUCCGUCAUGCCCUUGCCCAAGCUGAGAGUGAUUUCAUGUACAUGAUUAAACAGGAAAUGGAAGAUCGACCUGAUUUGGUGUGUGUUGGAUCAUGUGUAUUGGUUGUGCUUCUUCAUGGAAAUGACUUGUAUAUCCUGAAUUUAGGGGAUAGCAGGGCUGUACUGGCAACAGGUGGAAUCGAAGAGGGUAGUUUAGUGAAGGCUGUCCAACUGACAGAAACUCAUACUGUUGACAAUGAAAUGGAGUACAAAAAAAUUUUGGCUGAUCAUCCUGAUGAUUCCUCUCCUAUUAUUGGGGGAAGAGUGAAAGGAAAGCUGAAAUUAACCCGAGCAUUUGGAGUUGGUUACCUUAAAAAGAAAAAGUUGAAUGAUGCACUAAUAGGAAUCCUUCGAGUUCAGAACUUAUGCAGUCCUCCUUAUGUUUAUACUCAACCAUUCACCAAGAGUCAUCGAAUGACCGAGAAUGACCAGUUUGUCAUUUUGGGAAGUGAUGGAUUGUUCGACUUUUUCAGCAAUGAUGAAGUAGUGCAACUUGUUCAUCUGUUUAUUCAAGAUAACCCUUUUGGUGAUCCUGCAAAGCAUCUGGUUGAGCAACUUGUUCUCAGGGCAGCUGAAAAUGCAUGUUUCAGUACUGAGGAGCUGAUGAGUAUUCCUGCUGGAAGGAGGAGAAAGUAUCAUGAUGAUGUGACAGUUAUUGUAAUCAUCCUUGGAAAUAAGCAACGGACUUCCACUGCUUCAACAUCUUUGUAGUGGGCAGCAGUCAUUUCCUUUCGUUUUUUUUUUUUUUUUGUUUUCUUUGUUCAAACUUACUAGUUCAGGUGCUUUAAUGUGCUGUAGCAUUAGAACAUCUAGGAUCACUCUGAAAUGUUUGGUGUAAAUGGAUUAUGUAAUAAUUGGAUAUAAGAAUUGCCCUGCUUAGCUGGGAAUGAGGCUAGGGCAUACAGAUCUUCUCCAUAAUGUAGCACAGUAGCAGAAACUUAAACUGUCCUUUUGAUGUUUAAAGCUGGCAUUUUUAAAAUUGCAUAUUGGUCAGAAUUAUUUUUUGAA